CAUGUUCAAGAAACUCCAGUUCGCCCUCACCAAACCUAUCUCUCUCCAACAAUCUUGCAUUCGCGUGAGAGCGGCAUUCUGUCUGUGAUAUUUCAAGAUGCUCGCUAUCCGGUCCAUUGCCGCGCCUGCGCGCCGCCAAUGCCUUCGUGCAAAUGGUGUUGCUAUGCUAUCCUCUCUUCAGACACGAACAUAUGCUGCGGGCGCCAGCACUCAUGAGAAGGUCGCAAAGUUCCACGGAAAGAAGGGAUCUGAUGGACUUUACACUGUCAGUCUUAUUGAGGGUGACGGUAUCGGCCCAGAGAUUGCCCAGUCAGUGAAGGACAUCUUCAAGGCUGCUAAUACACCAAUUAAAUGGGAGCCCGUUGAUGUUACUCCUCGACUGAAGGAUGGCAAGACUGUUAUCCCCGACGAGACUAUUGAGAGCAUCGAGAGGAACAAGGUUGCCCUCAAGGGUCCGCUUGCCACACCCAUUGGCAAGGGCCACGUCUCCCUAAACCUUACCCUCCGCCGCACAUUCAACCUCUUCGCCAACGUGCGUCCCUGCCGCUCUAUUGCGGGAUUUAAGACCCCAUACGACGGUGUCGAUACCGUUCUCAUCAGAGAGAACACCGAGGGAGAAUACUCCGGCAUUGAGCACGUCGUCGUUGACGGUGUUGUGCAGAGCAUCAAGCUCAUCACAAGAGAGGCGUCUGAGCGUGUCUGCAAAUACGCUUUCCAGUACGCUGAGGAGAUCGGCAAGCUAAAGGUCCGCGCCGUCCACAAGGCCACCAUCAUGAAGAUGAGCGACGGUCUUUUCCUUUCCACCGCCCAGAGAGUCGCCAAGGACUUCCCAGCCGUCGAGUUUGAUGCCGAGCUUAUCGACAACACCUGCCUGAAGAUUGUCACCGACCCAACCCCAUACAACGAUAAGGUGUUGGUCAUGCCCAACCUUUACGGAGACAUUCUUUCCGAUACCUGCGCUGGACUCAUCGGUGGUCUUGGUCUUACUCCAUCUGCCAACAUUGGUGAUGAGUGCUCCAUCUUCGAGGCUGUUCACGGAUCCGCCCCGGAUAUCGCUGGCAAGGGUCUUGCCAACCCAACCGCACUUCUUCUCAGCUCCAUCAUGAUGUUGAGACACAUGGGUCUUGAGGAGCAAGCCGUGCGCAUCGAGAAGGCCAUUUUUGAGACGCUUGCAGAGGGCAAGACCUUGACCGGUGAUCUUCACGGAACGGCCAAGACCCACGAGUACGCCGGUGCCAUUAUCAGCCGUUUAUAGAUAUUACAUAGGUAUGAAGUAGAGGGCAGGUUCUCUAUGGGAAGCAACGAGGGCUAGACUGUAUAUUACAUUAAAGAGGUUUUGAAUAUAUUCCAUUGCUUCUACU